AUGCUGAUGGACCGGAACGGACCGCUCACCGUCCAUCCGCCCAGCCUGCCGUGGCUGCUGCCCUGGAUGGCCCGCUUCGCGCUGGCGGCGAUGAACCCGGCCGAGGUGCAGAAGGGCAAGGACAUGUUCAAGUCCCUGAUGAUCGAGGCCGACAUCGCCUGGAAGGCCGAGGUCCAGGCCUCCGGCCUCGGCGAGCUGUUCCGCACGCGCGGCGCGCUCUACGUCUACGAGAGCGAGGCCUCGUUCCAGGGCACCGACGAGAUGCGCGGCCUGCAGUCGGGCAAGGGGACAGAGUUCGAGAUCGUCGACGGCAAUCGCACGCGCGAGCUGGCGCCGGGCCUCAGCCCCACGAUCGUGCGCGGCAUCCACUAUCCGAACGGCACGCACACGAUCAAUCCGCACAAGGUGGUGACGACCCUGGCCGAGCGGUUCACCGCCGAGGGCGGCACCGUCGUGCGCGGCCGCGUGCGCGGCUUCCGCCGCGACGGCAAUCGCGUGACGGCGGUGCAGCUCACCGAUUCCGAGAUUCCCGCCAGCGCCGUCGUGAUCGCGGCGGGCCGCGCCUCCGGCGAGUUGACGCGCCUGCUCGGCUUCAACGCGCCGCUGGUCGCCGAGCGCGGCUAUCACGUGAUGGUCGCGCCGGACAAUGUGCGCUUCGAUCUUCCGCGCCAGUCGCUGGUGUCGCUCGACGUGCUGAUGGGCGGCACGGCGGAGAUCGUCGACCGGCUGGUCGCGGGCAAGCUCGAUCUCGCCGAUCUGCUAUGCCGUGCCGAAACUGCCCGAGCUGCGCGUGCUGGCGACCAUCCAGCCCAGCUCCGGCAUCGUCGUGGCGCGCGACCAUCCGCUGGCCGGCCGCAAGUCGAUCCGGCUGGCCGAAUGCGCCAACCACAGCUUCGUCUUCCCAGAUGCCUCCCUGACCUCGCGGCGCAUCCUCGAAACCGCGCUCGAACGGGCCAAGGUCCAUUUCGCCGGCGUCGUCACGACCAAUUCGGUCGAGGUGAUGAAGAUGCUGGUCCGCGAACACCGGCAGAUCGCGCUGCUCAGCCUGCCCGACAUCGGCGGCGACUUCGCGGACCGCGACCUGGUGCACAUUCCCCUGUCAGACCGCCAUGUCCGCGCCUACGAGCAGGUGCUGUAUCUGCCGCUGGCGCAGUUCACGACGCCGUCGGCCUGGCGCAACAAUCUCGAAGGCGUGCUGAAGUCGCCGGUGAUGCUGCUCUACAACAUCGAGAAGAAGUGAGGAUCGGCGCCAUGACGAAAGCGGUUGCCGACGAAUACCUGCGGCGCAUCCCCAAGGCCGAGCUGCACUGCCACAUCGCCGGCACGUUGCGCGCGACCACGGUCGCCGAGCUGGCGAAGAACCGCGCGGUCUACGAAUACUGCGAGGACGCGCAGCGCGACGGCAACCUGCGGCACGUCGAGUUCUUCUUCAAUCCCGACUACUUCUAUCCCAACGGCAUCGACUAUCCGUCGAUGGUGGCCGGCAUGGCGAACGGGAUCGAGCGGGUCGGACGCGACUUCGGCAUCUCGGCCCGGCUGAUCUGCUGCAUCGACCGCUCGAUCAAUUCGCCGGCCCAGGCCGUCGAGAUCGUCGAGACCGCGCUCGCGCAUCCGCACGAGCUGGUGGUCGGGAUCGGGCUCGACGGCAACGAAAGCGUCGGCCCGCCGGCGAUUUUCGCCGAGGCCUAUGCGCGGGCGCGCAAGGGCGGACUGCGCUGCACCGCCCAUUGCUGCGAGGAUUACCUCACGCCGCUGGAAGCGCCGCCGACCAACUACCUGAUCUGCCGCGACGUGCUGCGCUGCGACCGCAUCGACCACGGCUACAACAUGCUGGCUUCGGACUAUGUGAUGAGCGAAGCGCGCAAGGACGGGCUCUAUUUCACGCCCUGCGCCUGGACCAGCCUGCUGCACAAUCGACCGCACCGUCCGCAGCGCAUCCGGCGCAUGGUCGAGGCCGGACUGAACGUCACGAUCAACACCGACGAUCCGGCGAUGUUCGGCACCAAUCUCGGCCACGGUUUCAUGACGCUGUUCGAGACGAUCGGCUGGGGCCCCGACAAGGCCCGGCUGUUCAGCCUGAACUCGGUCGAGGGCUCGUGGCUGGACGAGAGCGACAAGGCGAGGCUGCGGAUCGACUUCCGCCGCCAGAUCGCCGCCCU